UAUUAUCAAGGAGGAAACCCUAGAUUGUGAGGAAGUAGGUAGGGUAUAAUUGUUACAGUAAAGAGAGGCUGUGGGCAAGGUAGGUGAUGUUUUUAAAGAGAUGCUUAUAUAUAGCAGGGGCUCAGAUCUGAUAGUUAGUAGAGUGUCGUGUAAAUUGAGGAUGGAGACAUGCAGAUGUGUAGUAGUGUAGUGUAGAUUAGAUAGGAGUAUAGGACUUAGGAGGAGGAAGAAGAGGAAGGGUUGGUUAGGGGGAGGAAGGUGGAGGAGAAGGUGACAGAAGAGAGUGAGCACAGGGAUGCAUUAUUUGUAUGAAUGCAGUGCAAGUGUGUACGUGUGCUCACUUCUCUUUCUGUCACCACCUAUGCACUAUGCCUCAUCCACCCCCUCCUUGCCCACCUUUUUCUCUCUUGCCUUCCUUUGGUUUAUUUUAUAAUAUACGAUCUCUUUUACUUUAUUCUUGUUUCGCCCAAUCCAUCGACAGCACCUGUAACCUCUACAUACUAAUCUGCUUAUUAGACUUCGCCACCGCACCUUGUUUUACAGUAGUCCUCCUUCUGCCUUCUACCGCUCACUGCAUCAUUAUCCAAAUGCCCCCUUCUUUUUUUCUUCUUCUAAUUUUAUCCCCUCUCUCCCUCCCAAUCUCUCCAAUCUCUCUCUCUCCCAAUCUCUCUCUCCGUCUCCCAAUCUCUCCAAUCUCUCUCUCAAUCUCUUUCUCUCUCCGUCUCCCAAUAUCUCUCUCGCUCUCUAGAUACAAAGAGAUGGAAGAAGAAACGGCGGAACAAGACGGAAAGAGAAAUCGAAGGAACAAAACAGGGAUGAAGUCUUUUCAGGUCAGAUUAAAUAAAGUAAAUUAAGAUUUAGUUUGUUUUUGUUUCGGUUCAGUUAAAUGAUGUACUUGAAGCAAACCUCUUCUUGGGAGUUUGAACUGUACCUUCAAUUGUUAACAAGUGAGUAGUAAUUACAUCUAUGCACUAGCCCCAACAUAUAUUCCGAUCUCCCCCCUUAGGUUUGGGUUUCCAAUAAAGAAUUUGUACUAAUCACCAUUACUCUCUCCCCUUCCCUGUACUCAUCUAACGGAUAUUAUCCAUUAGACCAUUACUUUAUUAAUUACCCUGUACUUUUCUUUUCUCACAUACAUACUUACAUACAUUUUGUAUCUAUUGUUUUUUGAUGCUAACUGUUGUGAAUAGCUGCUAUUUUUGAAACUGUUCAUCCUCUCCUUGAUUUGGAAGACUCCAAUCAUGAGAAUGCAUGUUGUUGAUUGUUGAAUCCAACUCUAUUUCGGUGUCUGCCAUGACCAUCUUGUUGUUUUUCGCACCGUCGAUUCCGAAAGCGAUCGAUAUGGCUUAGUGUCGGAUGAAGUCACAUAAGAUACCUUCCUCAUCUCUUCCAAAAUGCAGAAAUGUAGUAAAUCAGAUAGUUUUACCCACACCAGCCGCCCUCCCCACCUCCCCCAACUAAUCAGUCCUUGAGCUUCGCAUUGAAGAAUUCUAUAGUGAAGAAUGGGAGAUCUCCUAAAUUUCACCGCGUUUAUUCUUGGGUUACCUUCAGGUUUAAACAGUAGAAGAGAUGACCAAUCAAGUAACGAGCGAGCAAGACAUAAUAGAAAUAUCUCUGGUUCAAGUUCUGUUGGAGUCAUCAAGCUCCCAAAUGAGAACUGGGAAGCAUAUACUUAUGAUAAUAAUAACUGGAGUUCCAUAGGGAUAUUUGAAACAGAGAAAAAAGCUGCCAUAGCAUUCGAGAGCAGAACUAUAGAAAAAUAUAUUGAAUUCUGGAAUGGAUACUUGCAAAGGAUAAGCAAUGGUGAACAAGAGCCACUUACUCUGGAACUGGCGAGCACUAGGAGAACCCUCUCUUCCAGUUCUGGCAAUAUUUCCCAAGGGAAUAGUAAUCGGGAGUGUAUACGCACCAAACUUUUCGAUAAGGUACUCACUUCUAGUGAUGUAAGCAAAAUCAACAGACUUGUUAUCCCGAAGACGUUUUCUGGUUUCUUCCCGUGUAUUUCCAAUGAGAAUGGGUCAAGUUCCAGGAGGCUACCAGUUAAUAAUGUUGAGCUAAAUUUUUAUGACGAGUCCAAGAAACUGUGGCAGUUUCGAUACUGUUACUGGAAAAAAAGCAGAACUUAUUCCUUCUCAAAGGGCUGGAGCAAAUUUGUGGAAGAAAAGGAUCUGAGGCCAAAGGACAAAAUUAUUUUCCUUAAGUGCGAGUAUAUUGAGGCAGGGUCCAUUGUUGGCACGCGGUUUAUAAUUGAUGUGGAAUAUGAUCCUAGUAGAGUACAAGUUGAGGAAGUUGGUGAUGACUUGGGGGAUCCUGUUGUUUUAAGUCCUUCACAGGAGGUGCAAAAUCUUCAGAAUGAAGAGAAUGGCGGAGAAGUGCGAAGAGGAUCUGCUGACGGUAGAAGUGCGAAGAGGACCAAGGCAGACAAGGACUCGAAAGGAGCUGGGCCUGGAGAAGCAGCUGGGAGAGGUGCGAAGAGGACCAAGGCAGACAAGAACUCGAAAGGAGCUGGGCCUGGAGAAGCAGCUGAGACAGGUGCGAAGAGGACCAAGGCAGACAAGAACUCGGAAGGAGCUGGGCCUGGAGAAGCAGCUGAGACAGGUGCGAAGAGGACCAAGGUAGACAAGAACUCGGAAGGAGCUGGGCCUGGAGAAGCAGCUGAGACAGGUUUCAAGCUUUUCGGGGUGAGAAUUGCUUGACAGGCUAGCUUGUGCCUGUUUUCUCGAGUAGUUUUACUGUUUUAUUAAUUUCGAAGAAACUGGUUAAUUCUGUCUUUACAAUAUAUUGAUGCUGCAUCAAGGUACUGGAUGUUUUAAGUGUUUGCAAAAGGAGGCAUUUUGAUAUUGUAGAGGAACUUAUCCUGCAAUAUUUGUUUUGCCUGACAUUUGGUUCUUUUGCUGUGGUUUCUUUCAUCUUUGUUCAAGUGUUUUUUUUAUUUUUGGGCUGUUAGGUGGGUAUCGGCCCAAACAUACAAUUUAUUAGUUGUUUAUCCAAAAUAAGGCAACAAUUUAUUAAUUUCAAUAUUGUUCUAAAUGA